UAUGUGGAAAAAAUGGUAUUGAUUACGAUAACCGUAUGAUUGAUCGACGAUCUUACCACGCUUGGGCUCGUCGGUUGGUGAGGUGUUACGAAGCUAUCGAAGUGCACUUUUCCGAAGAAUCGAACCAUCAUUCUGCGAAAUCGACGAAUUGUCAAGCGAAAGCUUUUUAAUAGCCUCUCUUCGAGGAAGCAGUAGAGACGAGGAGCAACCGCCUUCAUUCGAAUGGAUGUUUUUGAAUCGGAUAGUCGUCCUGCGGAAACGGAGGCUAGUGAAAAAUUCAUCAAUGGGCACGCGACGUCAGAAGAUGGCUCAGUGGUGGCGGUAGCGUGCGUUGCAGGGCGACGUAAAAAGGCCAAAAGAAAAAACAGAUCUAAAAAUAGUCAGUCAGAACCGGGGGUGGAACCUGUGACAGCGACAUCGAUAUCGCUAGAUACAGUACUGCUAGUAAAACCGUUGAAGGCAGAGCCAGCGGCGCAAGAAAUUGCAUACCGGGACACACGAAAUGUAAAUAGUAACAGUAGUAAUAGUAGUAGUCAUAGCAGCAGCCACAGCAAUGGUCUGCCGGAUGAUGAACUGACGACCGUUGAUGCCAUCAGCAAGAAGCUGGCACAGUGUGUUCUCAUAGGUCGAAAUGGAUUGACCAAUGGUUUGCCAAAGCACGAAGUCAACAAAGUCGACGAUUCACCGAGUGCAGCAGAUCGUAGCCACGAUACUAGCGCAGGAACGGGAAUGUCCUCACCGCAAAACUACGACAAGGGUGCAACUGGUAGGAAAAAGCAUCGAAGUAGACAGGCGAAAAAAACGCAAUCCAACCCUAGUUUUACGAUUAAUGGCAUCGGAAAAGAUCGAAGAGGAGAUAUUGUCCAAACGCAAGAUGGCAUCGGAUCGUCUCCAGGCGUCGAUGAAGAAGGCGUCAGUGCUGCCUCUUUAACGUCUACCAGUGUGACUACCUCACCGUUCCCAUUGCCAGAGUCUGAGGAAGCGAAACAACGUACCAACGCAGACGCCGCAGAUCCCACGCCGGUGGAAAUUACCUAUGAGGUGUACGAGUCUGAGCGGCAGAUGCCUGCAAUCAUGGCCCUCAUACAGAAGGAUCUCUCCGAACCAUACUCGAUCUACACCUAUCGAUAUUUUAUACAUAACUGGCCAAAGCUGUGCUUUCUCGCGCUGCACCAAGGCACCUACGUAGGUGCAAUAGUGUGUAAGCUAGACAUACACCGACAGGACACACGUCGAGGGUACAUCGCAAUGCUGGCCGUAGAUAAAGAUUAUCGGAAACUGAAAAUCGGCACUACACUCGUGCAAAAGGCAAUCCAGGUUAUGCUUGAGGAUAAAGCCGAUGAAGUAGUGCUGGAAACGGAAAUUACGAACCAACCGGCACUUCGGUUAUACGAAAAUUUAGGUUUCGUGCGAGAUAAACGGCUCUUCCAUUACUAUCUGAAUGGUGUCGAUGCUCUCCGUCUGAAGCUGUGGUUUAGAUGAAUGCAUCUCCACCGGCCUCUGGUGAACCUUAAAUUGCGCGACGGGUACAGCGCUGAGCCUUAGCACGCACUCCUUACUACGCAAUAGACACACACACACACAUCCAUGCAUACGAAGGAUAGUGAAGGAUUCGUAUUGU